CAGAGCCUGUAGCCGAAAGGUACACAUAGGCCACGGCCUCCUCUUGGCUUCCUGCUUGUUCUAGGAGGCCUCUGCCUUCCUCAGCAAUUCAUCCCACACUGGCUGUGGGGCUCGACUGAAUCCUGCCUACCUCUGGACCCGUCUUCAGGGGCUCUUUGGCUCCUUCCCUUCUUCCUCCCCAUCCUCGCUGAAGUAGAAGACCCAUGGUCUGGGAGGUUACAUAUCUGCUAUCCCCCAUCUUGCUGGUGUUCUUGACCUCAGGCUCCUGGACACAAAAAAUAGAGUUGCUGAAAGCAGUGGAAGGCCACAAUGUUUCUGUGGCAUGCCGGUACCCAUCUACCCAACGCAGCAAGGUGAAGUGCUGGUGUCUGAAAACCUCAGAACGAUCUUGUAACAUCUUAGUGGACAGUCUCAGGACAGGAAUGAGGAGGCCUCAAUUCUCCAUCCAGGAUCAUCCUGAGUUUAACUACUUCACUGUCUCCAUGACUGCACUCAAGGUGGGGAACACCGGCUUCUAUCACUGUGGGAUCACUGAUAGUCACAGAAUGAUCACCGUUCUCAGAUCCGUCCAACUGCUGGUGUCAAACGCUAACCCACCCACCACCUCCAGGACGUCAACAUUCCUGGCCUCUGCCACCAGCCCUGCCUUUGACAGCCCUGAAACCAACUGGACAUGGAAGGUCAUCAUUGCUGGUGUGGUAGUAGCGAUCCUGCUGCUGCUGGGACUUGUCAUCCUUGUGGUCUUAUACCUCAGGAAAGUUCGAGGAAAAGCCAAGAAAGUUGAGAACGAACCUCACCAUAUCUAUGAAGACUUUUCAGGCCAGAAGGAGGAGACUGCUGGCUUCGAUGAGCAGAUCCUCUCUGAUGAAGACACUGGGGGCAUCUGCUAUGCCUCCCUCAUCCACUUAAACCACGUGAGCCCCCAGGACUCUGUCUACAGCAACAUACAGCCCUAUCUGGAGCCUGCACCUGACCCCUUUCUGUCUGUGGAAUACACCAGCAUAGCUGGAAACAGACUCCAGCCCCCCAAGCCAUCUGUCCUGGAGGACAAGCCUGGGAAUUAAGGGCAGAGUUCACAGGGCAGUACUGUUACUGUUACUGUACACAAUAGAGUGACUUGACCUAGAUAACUUGGUCUUAAGCUAUUUUGGGUCAUGCUUUCCUACAGGGGAGAAGAGGAAGGAGGAGCUAAACCAUAAUGGAGAGGAUUCUGGACGCCUGCUCUCUCCACUCCCAGGGGUCUAGGACUAACACAGCUACCAGUCUACAUAGAUGGGGACCAGGACCAGUGCCUCACUUCCCUCUGGGACCAUUGCUUCCUUCCUGACUAUGGAAACCCAGGCAGAUUGUGUAAGUUCCUCAAGACCUCUAAGUCAACUGGGCAGUUCUGCCUAACCCCCAGCUCCUCACUGACCAGGCUCCUGAUUAUAAAAUCAUCUUGCUUGGGGGAUUCUGAAGACCCUGCCAGAAAGAAUAUUGGGAUAUGGGCAGUGCCCAUCAUUGACCUGUCUUCUGAGCCAUUGCCAGCCAGGUCAGGUCCAGGGAGCUUCCUCCCCAUGGCCAACCAUACAUCACUGUCAGAACUCAUCUGGGCUCCUUGCCUUCUAUAGGAACCAUCCUCUAUUUGCCAGAACUGAGUCUAACUGUGUCACCAUCCACCCGGAAUCCCAGUAUUGAAAAUGUGGCUCCAUGGGGAUUCAGACUGUGUACCUAUACAGGGCAGGCACUUGGGCUGAAGGAGGCAGGGUACCAGAGGAAGCAGGAUACUGUGAGUGUUGUCUGCUCCUGAGGACUCUGACUCACGCUGCCUGUCUGUGCUGGAUAGCUUUAGUGUCAACUUGACACACCUGGGUUG